AUGGCGCCGCAUCACGAGCCCUUCAAGGGCCUCGCGCCUGUGAAAUGGGAAUCCGUUGCCCAGGAGGACCCCAAAGAAUUCAUGACGAAAGUGUUUGCCGACGCCCAAACUAUCGUCGACUCCAUUCCCGUCCCCGCCGUCGUCAAGCAGGCCACCGCCUCCCAAGGCCGCACUCGCUCCCACACCGAUCCCCCGCUGCCCGUUGCCGACAUCAAUCGAUCCCUCUCCCAGCGUUCCACCGGCACCGCCCUGCGCCUGUCUCAGGAUCUGUCCAAAGAGUGGAAGGAGGUCAAGGUCAACGCGAGGGACAACCCGCUCGCCAUCAACGUCUACAAGCUUGCCUCCAAGGACGGUAAGGGCAGCUGGUUCGCCCGCCGCAGCGUCCACGACGGCCUGACUUUCGAGAAGUGGAAGCUCGGCCUCGAGAGGGAGUUUGCCGAGUCCAUGAAGGCCCAGAGCGGCCCUGGCGCCGGCGCCAUCCGCGGCAUUGGUGCCGAAAAGCGUGUGGUGCACGAGGUCGUCGAAGGCUCUGGAAAGAUGGAGGUUUUCCAAUUAUCGGCGCAGUUCCCGGGCCCGACCGCUCCGAGAGACUUUGUGACCCUGCUCCUGACUUCCGACUUUUCCGGCAACGCCCCGCCAGAGUCCGGCAAGCGCCCGCUCAGGACAUUCAUGAUUGUCUCAAAACCCUGCGUACACCCCGAGUGCGCCGAAAGGCAGGGUUACAUCCGAGGCCAAUACGAGUCGGUGGAAAUCAUCCGCGAAAUCCCGUCCGACAAGCCUGCUGCCAUCACCCGUGCGCGUUCCUCCAUUGACCUCAGCCAAGAAGGCGCAAAGGAACGGCAGGCGGUGGCCGAGUCCAUGGGCAAGGAAGCCGUCCUCCGCGCGGCGAAGAAGGCGGCAGAUGGCGACGGCCGCCACCGCGGCACAUCUGUCGACAGCGCCCCAGCCAGAAACGACGCUGCACACACUGGCGAGGGCCUCGAAGAUGAGGGAACGAGGUCGAUUGAAUGGCUCAUGGUCACCCGCAGCGACCCCGGCGGCAACGUGCCCCGCUUCCUGAUCGAUCGAGGUACGCCUGGAGGCAUCAUAGGAGACGCCGGCAAGUUCAUCAAGUGGAUGUCUGCCAAGACUGCCGAUGACUUUGCCACCUCGGACACCGAGCAGGAGGAGGUCAAAGAAGGCGCCAAGCAAGCCGAGGACAAAAAGGAAGCCUCCCCCGUCGAGGUGGCUAAACAACCAACAUCAAAUCUGGUACCUGAACCUUCGGCACAGACACGGGACAAUUCCGUCCCCAGCAGCAAUGGACUAUACGGCAUCAUCUCCGGAGCGUUCGGUAUGGCCAGCUCCGUGGUAGCGAGCCGCAUCCCGGACGGUUACGCACUGCCAGGCAUAUUCCAGACCCCGAGCACCACCGGCUCAAUAGCCGAGGAAGAAGGGGAGGAGGACGACGACGACACGAACGAAAGCGACACCUCGUCGAUUCGGAGCUUCGCCUCCGCUGUCGAGAAGACGGAUGAGGGCGAGGCCGUAACGCCGCCUCCCGAGAUCACCCAGCCCGACACGCUGUCGCUGCACUCGUCGGGCUCGGGUGCCGGUUCCCUCCAGGGGUCCAAGACGUCCUCGCACCACGAGAGGGAACUCAGGAAGCUCCAAGAGCGCCGUCAGAAGAUGCAGGACAAGAUCAACAAGAUGCAGGAGCGCAUGUCCAGCAAGCGCGACCAAGACUCGCAGAAGGAGGCGGCGAACUUGGCCAAGUUGCGCGAGAAGCACGACAGGGAAAUGACCAAACAGGAGGAGAAAUACAAGCGCGAUCUGCAGCGUCUCGAGCAGCGCCGCGAGCAGGAGCAGCGCAAGGCCGAGGAGAAGCGCCGGAAGCAGGCUGAGAAGGAGGAGAAGAGCAACCUCGCGCUAGAGCUCGAGCGUGUCAGGACCGAGCGGGACGUCGCGCUCAAGGAGAUUGACAUCCUCAAGGAGCAAAUCGGCCAGCUACAGAGUCAGAACACCAUGCUCGUGGUCAAGAUGGGCAAGUUGGGCGGGAUCAAAAGGCAAGACUCGUCGCUGAGCGUGCCCGGAGAGAAGGUUGCCCACACGGUGUCCAACUAA